AUGACUGAAACUAAAGAAAAAGACACGCCUGGCGGUUCACAGUCAGGUUCUGGUGUAUCAAAUGAUCAGGACAUGGCGGUUACUAUUGAACACAACGGAGACGAAAAGGGUGACACAAAAGAAGAAAAGAAGGAUACGAGCUUCAAGUACUACCUGCGCGUCUUUACCUACAACGAUCGCUUAGGAUGGAUCCUCAACAGCAUCGCAUUCGUGGCUAUGAUCGCCGCUGGAACGAUAUUACCCCUGAUGGAUCUUGUUUUUGGAAAGUUCAUCAACGUUUUCACUGAUUUUGCAACUGGAGUGUUAUCGCCCGCUGGAUAUCGAAGCGAAGUUAGCAAGUACAGCUUGUACUUUAUUUAUCUCUUCAUCGCAAAGUUUGCUUUGACAUAUCUUUGGACGAUUCUUGUCUCUAUUGCUGCUAUCAACACCACAAAAGCACUGCGCGUCGACUUUGUACGAAGCACCCUUCGCCAGGAAGUUGCCUUCUUCGACUCUCCGUCCUCAUCAAUUCCUGGGCAAAUCACAACAAAUGGAAAUCUCAUUAACCAAGGAAUCUCGGAAAAGUUCGGCAUCACCAUCGCGGCUCUAUCAACCUUUGUCUCAGCCUUUGUCGUCGCUUUCGCCGUGCAAUGGAAAUUGACACUCAUUGUCCUUGCCAUCAUCCCCGUCAACCUCGUUGUAACGAUUAUCUGCGUCGCUAUCGAUACUGGCUAUGAAUAUGCCAUGUUUGACGUCUACUCGCGAUCGAGUUCUUUGGCCGAGGAGGCUUUCUCGACUAUUCGAACUGCACAUGCUUUCUGGGCGUUUCCCAAAUUGUCUAAGAGAUUUACGAAUACGCUUGAGGAGGCGAGGAGAAUUGGUCAUAAGAAGUCCUGGGUUUACAUGAUUCUGUUCCCAACGGAGUUCUUUUGUAUCUUUGCGGGUUAUGGAUUGGCCUUUUGGCAGGGUAUGAGGAUGUACUCUGAGGGUGAGAUCACCCAGCCCGGUACAGUUGUUACUGUCAUCUUUGCAGUUCUUGUUGCUGCUACGGCUCUCACCCAAAUCGCGCCCCAGACAAUCGCCAUCUCAAAGGCUACUGCAGCUGCGCAAGAGAUGUUCGAGAUGAUCGAUCGCAAGUCUGAAAUCGACGCUUUAUCACAGGAAGGAGACAAAAUCCCGGACUUCAAGGGCGAUAUACAGUUCCGUGGCGUUCGCUUUGCUUACCCAUCACGAGCUAAUGUCGAAAUUCUUCACUCACUCAACCUCGAUAUUCCUGCAGAUCAAACAACUGCUUUGGUUGGAGCCAGCGGAUCAGGAAAGAGUACUAUCUUUGGCCUUUUGGAGCGAUGGUAUAUGCCGAGCGCUGGUUCUAUCACGCUGGAUGGACGUCCUGUUGAGAGCUUGAACUUGCAAUGGCUGCGAACAAAUAUUAGAAUGGUUCAGCAGGAACCGACUCUAUUCAGCGGCACUAUCUAUCAAAACGUUGUCGACGGCCUCACCGGCACCCCCAUGGUGGACCUUUCAGAAGAAGAAAAAAAACGCAUGGUUGUCGAUGCCUGUAAAUCGGCUUAUGCCCAUGACUUCAUCGAAACAUUGCCAAACGGAUACGAUACUUGGAUCGGCGAACGAGGCGCCUCUUUAUCCGGUGGACAGAAGCAGCGAGUGGUCAUUGCUCGCAGCAUCAUCUCCAACCCCAAAGUCCUCAUGCUCGACGAAGCUACUAGCGCCCUCGACCCCAACGCCGAAAAGAUCGUGCAGCAAGCUCUCAACAACGUUGCCAAAGGUCGAACCAUGAUCGUCAUCGCUCACAGACUCUCUACGAUUCGAGAUGCCGAUAACAUCAUUGUCAUGGCCAAGGGUGAAACUAUCGAACAAGGUUCUCACGAUUCAUUGAUUGAGAGAGGUGGUACAUACUCGCGUCUUGUUCGCUUGCAGGAUCUUGGAAAGGGAAGUGCUUCAUCAGACGAUGAGGAUAGUGAGACGGAUAUGGAGGAGCCAGUUGCUGGUCUCGAUCCCGUUCUAUCUCGUGCUUCUCAGCAUGCUACAGCCGAUAUCUCGCAGGACGAUGGAAUCAACUAUGGGCUUCUGAAGGGCCUUUGGCUUGUUAUCAAGGAGCAACGGUCGCUAUGGUUCUCUGGGUUCAUUCUGGUCAUCAUCUCAUUAUUGGGAGGUGGCACAUACCCAGCGCUCGCCAUCCUCUUCUCCAAAACAAUGAAGGCUUUCGAGACCAUCGAUGUCAGCGAAGCAAACUUCUUCUCCCUGAUGUUCUUCGUUGUUGCCCUUGCCAACUUUGUCAUCUAUGCCGUCGCUGGCUGGGUUUGCAACGAGAUCGGCCAGCAUGUUAUGACUGUUUAUCGUGGCGAACUGUUCGACAACACCCUUCGACAAGACAUGGUCUUCUUCGACGAUCCCAACCGUGGAACUGGUGCUCUUGUUUCACGACUGGCUGCCGAGCCUACGAGUCUUCAGGAACUUCUAUCUAUGAACCUGUCCCUCAUCAUGAUCAACAUCGUCACUGUUCUAUCGAGUUCCGUCCUCGCCAUCGCUUACGGUUGGAAACUGGGUCUUGUUCUGACACUUUGUGCUCUACCGGUCCUUGUUGGCUCAGGAUAUGUCCGAAUUCGUCUUGAGUACAAGUUUGACGAUGAUACUGCUGGGCGGUUCGCGAAGAGCAGCAGCUUGGCCUCUGAAGCUGUGUUGGGUAUCAGAACUGUGUCUUCACUGGCUCUGGAACGGGCUGUCAUCGAGAGAUACAGCAGUGCCCUUGAAGGACUUGCUAAGGAGGCAAUUGCUGGACUAGGUUGGAAGAUGCUGUUCUACUCUUUCAGUCAGUCGGCGUCUUUCCUCGCUAUGGCCCUGGGUUUCUGGUACGGUGGUCGUCUUGUUUCUUUCGGCGAGUAUACCACAGAUCAGUUCUACGUCAUCUUCAUCGCCGUCGUCUUCUCGGGAGAAACAUCAGCCAUGCUCUUCCAGUACACCACGAGCAUCACCAAAGCACGAACUGCCAUCAACUACAUCUUCCAGCAGCGUCGUCAAAAGGCCCUACACGAUAAUGCAGACAAUGGACCGGGGGCUUCAGGAAGUGAGAAGUCGUCUGAGAAGGGUAUUGAUGUGUCUUGUGAGGGGAUCACCUUCGCGUACCCCCGUCGACCCAAGCUGCAGGUUCUCAAAGGGGUCGACAUCAGCAUUGAGUCAGGAAAGAUGGUCGCGCUGGUUGGUGCAUCAGGUUGCGGUAAAUCAACUAUGAUAGCGCUUCUCGAGCGUUUCUAUGACCCAACUUCGGGUAUGUUACUUGCGGAUGGGGAGGAUAUCAAGAUGAAGGACAGACGACUACACAGAAGGGACAUUGCCCUCGUUCAGCAAGAGCCAGUCUUGUAUCAGGGCUCUAUCAGGGACAAUAUCUCUCUUGGCAUCGAAGAAGGCGUUCCCUCUGACGACGAGAUCAUCGAAGCCUGCAAACAAGCCAACGUUUAUGAAUUCGUCUCUUCCCUCCCUGAGGGUCUUACUACGCCCUGCGGCAACCAAGGUCUCUCACUAUCAGGAGGCCAACGUCAACGUAUUGCCAUCGCUCGAGCUCUUAUCCGCAAGCCACGCCUUCUUCUCCUCGACGAGGCCACCAGUGCCCUCGACACAGAGAGCGAGAAGGUCGUCAAGGAAGCCUUAGAUCGAGCAGCUGAGGGAAGGACAACAGUUGCUGUAGCUCAUCGACUGAGUACGAUUCGAGACGCUGAUGUUAUCUGUGUCUUUGCUGGCGGAAAGAUUGUUGAGAGGGGACGACAUGAGGAGCUUGUUGCGAAGAGGGGACUUUACUAUGAGAUGGUGUUGGGACAGUCUCUGGAUAGGGAGGCGUAA